GUGCUCUGAAAUCCUACCUACGGGAGCUGCCCCAGCCUUUGAUGACCUUCGAGCUCUACAACGAAUGGGUCAAAGUGGCCAGCUUAAAGGAUGUUGACAGCCGCGUACAGAGCCUGCAAGACACCUGCAGCCGCCUGCCCCGGGAAAGCUACAACAAUCUGAGGUAUCUGAUCAAGUUUUUAGCCAAGCUGGCCGAACACCAGGAGUUGAAUAAAAUGACCCCCAGCAACAUUGCCAUUGUGCUGGGCCCCAACCUGCUGUGGUUGCAGCAGAGCACAGGAGACCCCGUGCAACUGGACUUGGCCUCGGUCACCUCCAUCCAGGUGGUGGGUGUGGUGGAAGCUCUCAUCCAGAAUGCGGACACCCUCUUCCCGGGAGAGAUAGAUUUCAACGUCUCGGGCAUGUUCAUGCCACCUGCAAAUGGUGGACUUAGUGAGACCACCCCGGUUGAAGAGCCAUCCUCUGAGCCACCUCUGGCCAGCACCCCCACUCUCCCAGAAGGAGAGGCCACUUCAAAGGACCCCGAAGCCAGGUCCCAGCCGGUACCCCCAGCAGUGACCAGACCAUCUCCUGAAGCUGUGGGACCACCAGCUCCACAGACGACCGAUGACAUUGCCCGCAAAG